CUCGGCUCCGCGCGGCGACUACCGCGGCGCUUCCGCCUGGCCGGCCACGGCCCGGUGUGAACGGCGCCGCGAUGUGGCUGGGCCCGGAGGAGGUGCUGGUGGCCAACGCGCUGUGGGUGACGGAGCGGGCCAACCCCUUCUUCGUGCUGCAGCGGCGCCGGGGCCACGGCAAGGGCGGCGGCCUUACGGGUCUUCUCGUGGGCACCCUGGAUGUGGUGCUGGACUCCAGUGCCCGGGUGGCCCCUUACCGCAUCCUGCACCAGACCCAGGACUCGCAGGUCUACUGGACAGUGGCGUGCGGUUCUUCCCGCAAAGAGAUCACAAAACACUGGGAAUGGCUGGAAAAUAACUUACUCCAGACACUGUCCAUCUUUGACACUGAGGAAGACAUCACCACCUUCGUCAAGGGCAAGAUACACGGCAUCAUCGCAGAAGAGAACAAGAACCUGCAGCCCCAGGGAGAUGAGGACCCUGGGAAAUUCAAGGAGGCCGAGCUGAAAAUGCGGAAGCAGUUUGGGAUGCCCGAGGGAGAGAAGCUGGUGAACUACUACUCCUGCAGCUACUGGAAGGGCCGCGUGCCCCGGCAGGGCUGGCUCUACCUGACCGUCAACCACCUGUGCUUCUACUCCUUCCUGCUGGGCAAGGAGGUGAGCCUGGUGGUGCAGUGGGUGGACGUCACACGGCUGGAGAAGAAUGCCACGCUGCUCUUCCCUGAGAGCAUCCGUGUGGACACCCGGGACCAGGAGCUCUUCUUCUCCAUGUUCCUCAACAUCAGCGAGACCUUCAAGCUCAUGGAGCAGCUGGCCAACCUUGCCAUGCGGCAGCUACUGGACAGCGAGGGCUUCCUGGAAGACAAAGCACUGCCCAGGCCCCCCCGGCCGCACAGCAACAUCUCGGCUCUGAAGCGAGACCUGGACGCUCGAGCCAAGAACGAGUGCUACUGUGCCACGUUCCGGCUGCCCGGGGACGAGCGCCUGGACGGCCACACAGGCUGCACCCUGUGGACCCCAUUCAACAAGCUGCACAUCCCUGGCCAGAUGUUUAUCUCCAGCAACUACAUCUGCUUUGCCAGCAAGGAAGAGGAUGCUUGCCACCUCAUCAUACCCCUGCGGGAGGUGACCAUUGUGGAAAAAGCUGAUAGCUCCAGUGUCCUGCCCAGCCCUCUGUCCAUUAGCACUAAGAGCAAAAUGACCUUCCUGUUUGCCAACCUGAAAGACCGCGAUUUCUUGGUUCAGAGGAUCUCUGACUUCCUCCAGAAAAUGCCAUCCAAGCCGCCAGGCAACAGCAGAGCGGGGAGGAAAGCCAGCAUUGUGGACUCAGCCCCAGAGUCUUCCCCAGCUCCUCAGGAGGUGUCAGAACAGCCUGCCAGCCCGACCUCACCCCUCGGUGGCCUCCAGGGGUCCCAUGCACAGGAGGCUCCAACCGCUUCCCAGGGCCUGCUCAAACUCUUCCAGAGAAACACGCCCAUGGAGGACCUGGGAGCCAAGGGGGCCAAGGAGAAGAUGAAAGAGGAGUCGUGGCACAUCCACUUUUUUGAGUACGGGCGCGGCAUGUGCAUGUACCGCACCGCCAGGACGCGGGAGCUGGUGCUGAAGGGCAUCCCCGAGAGCCUCCGGGGGGAGCUGUGGCUCCUCUUCUCUGGGGCCUGGAAUGAGAUGGUGACUCACCCUGGCUACUAUGCUGAGCUGGUGGAGAAGUCCACAGGGAAGUACAGCCUGGCCACGGAGGAGAUCGAGCGAGACCUCCACCGCUCCAUGCCCGAGCACCCUGCCUUCCAGAAUGAGCUCGGGAUCGCUGCACUCCGCCGGGUGCUGACUGCCUACGCUUUCCGAAACCCCACCAUUGGCUACUGCCAGGCCAUGAACAUCGUCACCUCAGUGCUCCUGCUCUAUGGCAGCGAGGAGGAGGCAUUCUGGCUGCUGGUGGCCCUCUGUGAACGCAUGCUGCCCGACUACUACAACACCAGGGUGGUUGGGGCCCUGGUGGACCAAGGCAUCUUCGAAGAGCUCACGAGAGACUUCCUGCCCCAGCUCUCCGAGAAGAUGCAGGACCUGGGGGUGAUUCCCAGCAUCUCGCUCUCCUGGUUCCUGACCCUCUUUCUCAGCGUCAUGCCCUUUGAGAGCGCUGCGGUCAUUGUUGACUGCUUCUUCUAUGAGGGCAUCAAGGUGAUCCUGCAGGUGGCCUUGGCCAUCCUGGAUGCCAACAUGGAGCAGCUACUGGGCUGCAGCGACGAGGGCGAGGCCAUGACCGUCCUGGGCAGAUACCUGGAUAAUGUGGUCAAUAAGCAGAGUGUCUCUCCUCCUAUCCCACACCUCCAUGCCCUGCUGACGAGUGGAGAUGACCCUCCUGAAGAGGUGGACAUCUUCGACCUCCUGAAAGUGUCAUAUGAGAAAUUCAGCAGCCUGAGGGCCGAGGACAUUGAACAGAUGCGGUUUAAACAGAGGCUGAAAGUGAUCCAGUCCUUGGAGGAUACGGCCAAGAGGAGUGUGGUUCGAGCUAUACCUGGGGACAUUGGUUUCUCAAUUGAAGAGCUGGAGGACCUUUACAUGGUGUUUAAGGCCAAGCAGCUGGCGAGUCAGUACUGGGGGAGCAGCCGCCCUGCAGCUGUACGUCGGGACCCCAGCCUGCCCUACCUGGAGCAGUACCGGAUCGACACGAACCAGUUCCAGGAACUCUUUGCCAGCCUGACACCCUGGGCCUGUGGCUCCCACACAUCCGUGCUGGCAGGGCGCAUGUUUCGGCUCCUGGAUGAAAAUAAGGACUCGCUGAUCAACUUCAAGGAGUUCGUGACAGGGAUAAGUAGGAUGUACCAUGGGGACCUGACAGAGAAGCUCAAGGUGCUCUACAAGCUGCACUUGCCUCCAGCCCUGAGCCCAGAGGAGGCUGAGUCAGCCCUGGAAGCGACCCAUUAUUUCACUGAGAACAGCUCCUCAGAAGCAUCUCCUCUGGCCUCCGACCUGGACCUUUUCCUGCCCUGGGAGGCUCAAGAAGCACUACAGCAGGAAGAGCAAGAGGGAGCUGGAAAUGACAUCCAAGAAAAAAGAAGAGAGGAGAAGGGAACCAGCCCUCCUGACUAUCGGCACUACCUUCGAAUGUGGGCCAAGGAGAAAGAGGUUCAGAAGGAGACGAUUAAGGAUCUUCCCAAGAUGAACCAGGAGCAGUUCAUAGAGCUGUGCAAGACGCUUUACAACAUGUUCAGCGAAGACCCCAUGGAGCAGGACUUGUACCACGCUAUCGCCACGGUGGCCAGCCUGCUGCUCCGCAUUGGGGAAGUGGGGAGGAGGUUCUCUGCAUGGUCGGGCAGAGGAGAGUCCAGGGACAGUGCCCCUGAGGAGGGCGAGCCGCCAGCCCCACACCCCCCUCAAGACGUGGCCCAGGAGCUUCAGCCGCCAGCUGCAGGGGACCCCCAGGCCAAAGCGGGUGGAGACACCCACCUUGGGAAAGCACCGCAGGAGAGCCAGGUGGUGGGCGAAGGGGGCGGCGGCGAGGGGCGGGGCUCCCCCCCCCAGCCUCUGUCUGACGAUGAAACCAAAGAUGACAUGUCCAUGUCCUCGUACUCAGUGGUCAGCACGGGCUCCCUGCAGUGUGAGGACCUGGCUGAUGACACAGUGCUGGUGGGUGGGGAGGCCCACAGCCCCGUGGCCACCACUCACAGUGGGGGUGCCGUUGAUACAGACUGGUGCAUCUCCUUCGAGCAGAUCCUGGCCUCCAUCCUGACAGAGUCCGUGCUGGUGAACUUCUUUGAGAAGAGGGUAGACAUUGGACUCAAGAUCAAGGACCAGAGGAAGGUGGAGAGACAGUUUAGCACCUCCAGUGACCAUGAGCAGUCUGCAGUUUUGGGCUGAGGGCUCCAAGGCCUGGGGGCUGGCCUCUCUCUCCUCCCUCCCUCCCGUUCUGUUUUCUCUUGAAGGACACACCCCUCCAGUUCUCCCCAGAAGCAGUGAGUUGUAAAUGGAAAGAAGGCUGAACAGUCGCAGUUGGGACCUAGGCAGGGGCUCCCCACCCCCUCGUUCUGCCUUGGACCUCCUGGCCCCUGCAUAGUGUCAGGGGCUCUCUGAUCUGCCCUUGCUUGCCCUGCACUGUGGCCAGGCCACACCCUGUCCUCCACCUCCUCUUCUGCAGCUGCGUGCUCCGGGGGCUUUCCUGCCACUUGGCGCCAGGUAGGGGGGUCGAGUGCCUAUUGGGCACCAAAGUGGUGAGAACUUCGAGAUGCUCUCCAGAAGCCCCUGAGCCUGAGCUUCUGGCUGGGGGACAUGGGCAGAAAGCAUCUGCUGCACCAGGGUGGGUGCCGCCUGCACAGGCGUUACUCUCAAUUCUCUUUCAGCUCGUCAUCCUCACCAUUAACCUUAAAAGCAUAUCCCUCAGGUCCUGAUAUAUUUCCUUGUAUUCAUUUCAGUUGGCUAAAAAUCACACUAUGCUCAAUGCCUUAAUAAAUCCCUGAAAGAACUAAAAACUACACUGUGUAUAGAGAAUUAAUGUGACCCUCAACCACUGCUUUGGCCUCCUGGCUUCUCCCCAGGCAGGUAUGGGGCCCAGGCCAUAUUCCAGAGGUUCCCAACACUUAGUCUCUCACAGGAGGUGGGGGUUCAAGACCCCUAGGGAGGAUGGGGACAUGGAAGCUGCUGAUGCAGGCUGGGCAGGGCCUGUGAAGACCUGCACCAGCAGAGGAAACCUGCUCCGCAGGUAUAAACAGCCUGGGUCCAGAUGCAGGACAUGUGUGCUCAGGCCUGGGCUGCAGCAAGCCUUUGGGUUCAGAAAGCAGACUGUGGGGACACGGGCAACAGGCAGAGCCAUGAGGACCCCUUAGCUUUGCAGCAGGAGCUGAUCAUCAUGUCCAGCGUUUGCCCCCAACACAGGACCACUCUUAUUUGUACUAAAAGAUAACAUCUCUGUGGCUGUUGUUUGGUUUUAAACUUAAUAGCUUUAUUGAGGCAAAACUUACAUACCAUAAAAUUCACUUGUUUUAAGUUAUUAUUCAAUGAUUUUUUAGUAAACUUAGAGUUGUGCAAACAUCACCACAAUUGAACUUUAGAGUAUUUCCAUCACCCCAGAAAGAUCCCUCCUGCCCAUGUGCUGCCAAUCUGUGUACCCUCCCCCAGCUCCAGGGAACCACCAAUCUAUUUUCUAUCUCUUUAGAUUUUAUGGAUGGUUUUAAAAUAAUCUCCGUGAUUUUACCUUUACAACUGCUGAGUCACUUCUCGAUAAAUGCAGCAAAACAACAUCAAGGAAACGGAACAGCUGUUUUCUUUCUUAAUGACAACAACAACAAAAAGUAAUUUCCUUUCUAGUAUUUACACAAACUGACUACAUGCUUUGUCAUAAAUUAAUUUCAAAGAAUUUAUUGCUAGAAAGCCUACAUUCUUGGGACUUCCCUGGUGGUCCAGUGGUAAAGAAUCCGCCUUACAAUGCAAGAGAUGUGGGUUUGAUCCCCAGUCAGGGAGCUAAGAUCCCACAUGCUGCGGGGCGACUAAGCCUGCCACCACAACUACUGAGCUUGCAUACCUCAACUAGAGAGCCUGUGUGCUGCAAACUACAGAGCCCACGUGCUCUGAAGCCCGCGCAUCCUGGAGCCUGCAGGCCACAACAAGAGAAGAGAAAACCCGCAGGCCAUACUAGAGAGAUGCCAACGCACCGCAAGGAGAGAUCCCGCAUACCUCAACGAAGAUCCUGUGCUCCACAACUAAGACCUGAUGCAGCCGGAAAAAAAGACUAUGUUCUUGGUCAUAAUAAAAUUAAGUAAAGAUACACGUAAGAAUUACACAAAAUUGGCAGAGUCAAAUUGAUUGUAAUCAAUUAGAUUUAAAUGACUUGGAAUUUUAAAAUAUUUAUUUGGCUGCAUCGGGUCUUAGUUGUGGCACGUGGGAUCUUCUUUGGGACAUGCGGGAUCUUUCGUUACAGAGCGCGGGCUGUUCGUCGCGGCGCACGGGCUCAGUAAUUGCAGCAUGCAGACUUAGUUGCCCUGUGGCAUGUGCGGUCUUAGUUCCCCGACCAGGGAUCAAACCCUUGUCCCCUGCAUUGGAAGGCAGAUUCUUAACCACUGGACCACCACCAGGGAAGUCCUGGAAUUUAAAUAAAUGUUUUAUAUGCCAUGUAGAAGUAUAAAUUUGAGAAUAUACCAAAGAAAGUAAACAACAUAAAAGAGGACACUAUCCUUUUUACGUGAUAAAAGAAGGUACAAAAAUGUACAAUAAAAUAGUACUUUCAUCCAUUAAUUAUUUAACCUCGCAUGAUAAAAUGUUUAACAAGAGCAGUAACACUAAAUAAUAAAUGGAUAAUAAAGUUUUAAAUAUAUUUGUGUUCUGUAAGUAAACAUAAUUGUAUAUUUUAAAACUCCUUACCAAGUGAUAUGUUGUACCAAACCAUUCAAGUCAUUCUUAUAAUUUCCAAGAAAAAAAAUACGUAUAUGAAUUUUUAAAGGAUUACAGAAAGGAGGAAAAAACAGAAAAGUAGAAAAACAAUUUUUCCUUGUAUUUAAGACUACUAAUUAUUUUGGUGUUUUUCCCCUAUAUUUGUCUUUUUCAAAGUUGAACUCAUACCACGUGUGAAAUUUUUAUUCUUCUCUUUUCAUUAACCACAAAACAUUCUUUGUAGUUGCCAGAAGCUCAGCCACAAUGAGACACGUAGAGAUAAACAAAAACCACCCAAAUGAGAACAGGGACCAUUUAUCCAGAGCUUGCUAUAGAAAAGAAGUCAGCCACCAUUACUUGCGUUUGGCAGAGACUAAAAUGUAGUCAGAAGAGUGGGAAGGCCUUAUGGUGAAAGCAAGGGAAGGCUUCAGGUGUGCUCUGAUUAGAGGCUGCUAGUGGGGAAACAGGCUGGCUAACCUGAAGCAGGAUGUUUUCUGUAAUUGGUUUGGGGAGCAUAAUUGGCAUUCUCUUGGUUGGUCCUGAGAUGAAGUGGGGAGGUGCAAAAAGGAGGGCAACUGGCAGUCAUUGCCCAAGUCCUGACUGCUGCAGAAGUUGUGGUUUGGGGGGUGAUGAGGGAGUCUGGUCACUCUCUGCAUAUUCAGUCUCAAACAUAAUUUUUUAAAUUAAUUUGGUUUUUUCUAAUAUAUGCUAUUGUGCAAAAUUUGGAAAAUAUUAAAA